AUGAGUGACGCGACUCUACCUCCUCCCCGCUCCUCUUCUGUGGCCCCAGCCACUGGGGAUGGCAAUCGAUCAGACUCGAGUGCUGUCGAACACGAACACGGUUCCGAUACAUCAUUUACUCAAUCUACCGGUCAUAACAUAAAUGAAGACGGUGCCGGUGGUCUCGAGGGACGGCCGAGUAAUAAGCAAAAGCGGAAGAGGACUAGUCCCAAAGACCAAGCCAUUCUAGAAGCCGAAUACAAGCAGAACCCAAAGCCAAACAAAGCGGCGCGUGCGUUAAUUGUAGAGAAGGUAGAUUUGAACGAGAAGGAGGUACAGAUAUGGUUCCAGAAUCGACGCCAAAUAAAUCGAAGGAAAUCACGGCCGCUUCUACCACACGAGCUUGCGGCAUUUGGACUGGGAGGUAUGGCCGCGCUGUCAUCUGACCCUGCAUGUGCAAUGGGCUUUAGUAGCAGUCAGGGUUUGGAGGAACCGGCAGUUCGUUCUCAAGAGAGUACAACCGGCAGUCGAGAUAACGAAACCACGAGCCUUCACGUGCAGGAUGAUCUGGUGUCUCAAGAGCCCCCGACUGUAGAGGAAUACAGCGAAUCUACAAAAGAGGAACCAGCAAACUCGGAGAGCAACAACUCACUACCGCAGUCGAAUUUACGGACGCAAUCAUCACCUGAGACCUCGAGCACGGAAGCUGGCCCCUUCUCUGCCACUCAGAGUGUGAUUAAGACAUUUUCAUCUACGCCAGGGUACCUGGCCAACCGUUGGAACAUGGCCAACAGUUCAGCUUCUACACCUUCGUCUUCUCAAAACGCCCCCUUAGUAACUCCUCCUAUAUCUAAUCCAAACUUACCAUCAUCUUGCCCUGAGAGAAUAAAUACUCCAGGCAACUUCACUCCGCCACCCGCUAAAAUGCGAUUAUCGAUGUCGCUUGAUGGCAAGGCGGAACUUGUAUCAAGUGACUUGUCACCUCCUCGUGAGAAUCUUGCACACCCUUCCUCUUCUGAAUCACAGCGUCAUAUAAGAGGGUUUCAAAGAAGUCACAGUGCUCUUCCAUUUGGUCCUUUAACGCGACAGUCUCCAACCAACAUCCCCCGCAUCCCUCGGCUUCCUAGAGGUCGAUCGAGAGACGCACGCAAUUGGGAACUUUUUUGUGACACGGAGGCUCGUGAUGAGCUUACCACGCAGGCUGAAAAUGAAUCGAGUGGUUCGGCAGUGGCAGCAAUCAGCUUGCUCCGGUCUGCCAGUAGCGCCGCUCUCAAAUUAAACAGCAAUAAGCGCAAUGCACCACCUUCCAGGCAGGAUCUUAACACCAACGCGAAGAGGCCAAAAUUGGAAAGGGCAAUGUCAAGUCUUGCUAGACUGCAAGGUACAGCAAAACCAUAUUCAAAACCAGCCCAAUUUAGCAAUGGUAAAGAUGACUCUAUGAGAUCACCUUCUGGAGAUUCCGACAAGGAGAAUUGGAUUCCUGAUAGUGAUGGUGGUAAUCUUAGACGCCGGCCGCUACCUUCGGCCAGGACAGGCAGGCAAGCCCAGUCGCAAUCAAUUCUUGGGGAGAAUCACAAGAUUCCCACACACGCCGUCAAUUUCGGUGGUACUAGGAACCGGGGCCGGAGGACGGCACAUGCUGGGUCUAAAAUCUUUGAAGACCAGGAGAACAAGGGUGAAGUGAACGAGGAGGUAGAGCAGUUUAUGCGUGGUGAGAUAAGUCCCAGCAAGAAAGGAGACCUGGAUUGUAUCCAGGGGUUGCUAUCAUUGAGCCAGGGCAAUUGGCGAUAA